AUGGCUUGCUCUUCAACACCAACUUUGGCUGAUUUUUCAAUGUUACUGUGGGAAAAUUUGGUUAAUAUUGAACAACAACCAACACUUGAUAUUUCAACUGUUCUUGCAGCAUAUAAAAUACAUUUUCCUUCUGAGUAUGAAUGGAUGAAUGGAUGUAUCAAAACAUAUGGCAAAUUGGCAUGUGAUGAAACAGCCAUUUAUGCAGGAAUAUUGAGAUUAAUCAGUGCAAUAUCUGGUUCUACAUUUUACGUUGAUAAAUCCAAUGGAAAAGAACAUCGCAUUAAUUUAUAUGUUCAUAUCAUUGGUGAACCAGGUGAGCAUGUUAUUGCGAUAAACUAUCAUCUUGUCAAUAAGAUAUUAACACUACCUCACGGAAGAGAUAAUGUUACUUGUUUACGCUUUUACAUUAAGCUGUGA